CUGAAAAAAAUUGUAAUUUGAUGCCAUAAAAUUGCUCAAAUUUUUAAUAUGAUAGCCCAAAAAGUAUUGGAAACAAUGAUGUUGGGCACCCAAAAGUUUUGGACACAAUGUGGCCCAAUUUAAUUAGAAGAAAAUUGUUUUGGUUAUUGGGGUUUCACCUAGGCGGAUGGAAUCGAAUGUAUUGGAUGUUCGCAGAGAAAACGAUAGGACUUUGCACCUGCUAUUCAGGUCAGUUCGUUAACUUUGCUUACGUGAACUAUGGACUUCCGCACGUGUUCGGUCAUUAACCGCGCCAUUUCCGCCAGCACUGCUAAAGUCUGCAAAAUUUUAUACAUAUACACUUAACAUUACGUUUGAAAAAUCAGUUGCUUCGCGUCAAUCAACGAAAAUGCCUGGCAAUAAUAAUAAACGCGUGAAGUUGUCCCUUAAAAAGGCACCCUCGCAACAAGUGCAAACUGCUCCAACUAUGUUGGGGCAGUUGCUCCUGCAACCAAACGUCAUCACGACCAUCAGUGCGCAACCGGCGGGUACGUCGGGUACAGGGGCGCGACAGGAAACACAGCGGAUUCCUGAUCAAACCCCUGUACCUGUAAUAUCCAUAGCGGAUAGUGACGUGGAGGACGAGUUCAAUCGUCUGUUUGAAAGCGUAACGCCCCCCACGUUACCUUCAUCCACCCCGCUCCGGGCGCCGCCGCCACCACCACCACCGCAGUAUGGUGGAAAAAAUUUAGAUUUGCUGCGGGGGGGAGGAACACGUCAUUUUUAGUCCUGAAAGUCAGGACAUCCUCCCCCCAUACAGUCAAAUGGAUCCGGUGCUGCAGCAGCAACCUAUGGAGCAGCAGCUGCAUCACCAGUCACAACAACAGCACCAGCAGCAGCCCCAGCCCCAGCCCCAAGCCCAACUUCAACCCCAGGCUCAGCACCAGCAGUCCCAGCAUCAGCAGCCCCCGCAUCAGCAACAGCAAGCGGUUCCUCCAACCAACUUGGAGGAAUUCCGAAAUACUGGUGUGCAGUGGCUGCGUGCGUUGUUGGGGACGUACCGGCAGAGUGCUGGAGUUCACGAAGGGCGGAUCGCCCAAAUGCGAGCUGCCCUCGAACGUGAAUCGCAGAACUUCGAGGUUUUGCGGAAUAAUAUCCGCAAAACCGAGAAUGUUCUGCGAUUGCUCGAGGACGCGGAAGUGUAGUAUUAAGAUAUUUUUAAGGUAUUAUAAUUUAGUUAAUAAGUAGUCUUAGUGUUAUUUUAGUUAUUGGGAGUUUUAGUUUUUCUUUAAAUAAAUAAUUAUCUUUA